AAAAAGGAAUGAAGCUAUUGGAUGUUGACGGAUUUCUACCUAUAGGUAGACAAAGAACGUUUUAAGGUCCCCAAAACGUGAUAAGACUGCCAUCAACACUUUAUAACCUGAUACAGAGUGUCCAUCACUAYUACCUUAUCUAGUCUUCGCGCGCUUUCAAACCUUUCUUCAAAUCGUCUGGUCUGUUUUUGAUUGGCUCCUUGAAUGUGCUAUACAUGACCUAAUCAACACGUACAUUAAAUGCAGUUUAGAACCUGAAGAAGAGAAUCGUCUUGGGUGAGGUAGUAGAGCCCAGAAGGACAUCAAUGGAGGACUCCAAGAAGAACGAAGACAACAGCAAGGAUGACGCCACUACUCCUUUGUCUCACAAAGCAUCGGCUUUUUCGAUUGCAUCUCUCAUGUCGUCUAACUGUGGCGAAGGCGCAGAGAGUAUUCGUAAAAUCAGUGAGUGUGGUUUUGAAGAUGAGGAAUCGCAGCCUCUACCAAAACGCUCCAGAUCCUCAGAGUCUGAUGACUAUACAAGUAGCGACAAAGAGGACGAACAAGAGAAGCAGACCACAAAGACGAUAAGCUCCUCACCUGAAGAACUGAAGGAUGUUCAGGUAUCCCUGGAAGGUAGAGAUCUCUGGGAAAGAUUCAAUGAAUUAGGAACCGAAAUGAUCAUAACAAAGUCUGGAAGACGAAUGUUCCCAACUCUACGAGUAUCAGUGAGCGGUGUUCAACCUAAAGCCAACUACCUUGUUCUYAUGGAUAUUGUUCCUGUUGACGACAAGAGAUAUCGAUAUGCAUACCACCGGUCUACKUGGUUAGUAGCAGGCAAGGCAGACCCCCCUGCUCAGGUUCGACUCUACAUGCACCCCGACUCGCCCUUCACUGGGGAACAGCUCCAAAAACAAAUCGUUUCUUUUGAGAAAGUGAAGCUUACRAAUAAUAAUACUGAUCACAACGGACAUCUCAUUCUAAACUCGAUGCAUAAAUACACCCCUCGUGUUCAUAUCAUCCAAAAACGAGACCAUACAGCUUCUAUCAUCAAUCUAAACGCUGAAGAAAUGAAGACAUUUACAUUUGCACAGACAUCGUUUCUUGCUGUGACGGCCUACCAAAAUCAACUUAUAACAAGAUUAAAGAUCGAUAGCAAUCCAUUCGCGAAAGGAUUUCGAGACACCUUAAGGAUAGUGCCGGUCCAAAGAGAGCAUUAUGGCUUCCAGCCCGUCAUACGCAGUCCAGUAUUAAUACCAAUCGCCACACCAGCAUUUGUACCUCGUAAUAUCUUACACAACGACCUUUCAACGUAUUCUAUCAAAGAAGCCGACAAGCUAUCGUGUGUAGCAUGCAAGCAACAGUCAUUACUACACGAAGGAUCACCAUCGCUKCGCUCAGUAGCUUCACCAGACUUUACUCCGUGCUCACGGCAUAGUCUACUCUCUUAUCCAACAAGUUUACAUAUAAGGCAAACGAUUGAUAAACCUCAAGGAUCYCUAGCGUCAGCUUUUUGUACUCAAAUGCCUCAUUGAUGGCCGACCUCUYGGUUAGAUUGGUUCCUUUUGUAYAGAGAAUUAUUUCCUGAAAUCUCUCCACAAUUGUCCUAUUUUCCCUUCAGCAAUUCGUUUGCGUAUGUAGGACAAUUCUUUAUGACUCCAAAGAAGCCAAGGACCUAGUAUAUAUUAUGUAUAUAUAUUCUAACUAUUUAUUGUAAAUACUUUAAAAAGAAAAUAUAAACACAAAGUUAUURUACUAUUCAUGCCGUCUCCUAUUAAAAACAUUUCACUUUUAAGGCAUAGCAACUUGGAGAUUGCUAUKGCCCGGGGGGAGGACUCCCUUA